CAUUCUCUACUCAUCUCCUCUCACUUUCCUUCCAUUUCCUUUCUUCUCUUUUCAGUUGGGUCCCUCUCUCUUUCAAAACCCAAACUUGGGUCCUCGUUAUUAAAUCUUCUCUCCCAAGCAAAUCCUUUCCUCCUCAACUCCUUUCAUUUCCCCUGUUUUCCUCUGUUUUUCUUGGUCAUGGCUGAGUUGAUGGACGAUGCUGAGUUUUGGUUGCCGGCGAAGUUUUUAACCGACGAUGAUGUUCUUAUGAAGAAAGGGAACCUCGAGAACGAAAUCGGUGGAAAAAUGGGUACUGAGUUGUUGGUAUCUAGUCAUGGUUUCCCUACUGAGUUCCCUUACGAGUUUGACUCCUUUUCUCCCCUGAGUUCACCCGUUGAAUCUGUUGUUGGGUCUACGGAGACUGAAAGUAGUGAUGAAGAUGAGUUUCUUGCUGGAUUGACUCGACGGCUCGCUUACUCAACGAGUCAGAAGCUUACUGUUCCUGCUACCUUUUCCAUGGACAAAAACGAGAAAAACGGAGCUUUAGCGAGUUCGCCAAGGUCGACACUGAGUGGACUCGGUGGAUGUUGGUCAUCUUCAAGCAACGGUAGUCCUAAUGGUCCUUCUCAAGUACCAUCUCCACCAACAACACCUUUUGGUCCUCAAAAUGACACUUGGGAUCUCAUUUAUGCUGCUGCUGGUCAAGUUGCUAGGCUAAAAAUGAGCAAUGAAGUGCCUAAAUAUACCAACUUUAACCAUGGUAGAACCUUAUCCAAACCCCAAAAUCAUUCCUUUAUGAAGAACAACACAACCACCAACAGCUUGUAUUCAGACCAAACCCUUCCUUUCAAUCAGUUUAAUGGAAGGCAAGUUAAGGCAAGUAACUGGCAUGCACAGGUUCAACAACAGCACCAGCAACAGCAACAGCACCAGCACCAGCACCAGAUUCAGACUAGAUUAAGGAACAAUGUUGUUGGUGGGAGACCAUUGGGGCUUCCACAAUCUUCAUGGCCUCCACUUCAAGUUCAGCCCCAACAGCAGAAACAGGCACAAAAUGGGAUGAGAGCUAUGUUCCUUGGUGGAUCUAGUGGUGUCAAAAGGGAAUCAACUGGCACUGGUGUGUUUAUACCUCGCAGAUAUGGCAACACCACCAACACCACCACUCAUGAACCUAGAAAGAAAUCAGGUUGUUCAACGGUGUUACUACCAGCAAAGGUUGUUCAAGCUCUAAAUCUCAACUUCGAUGAUACCAAUAACCAUGUUCAACCUCAAUUCAAUCCCACUUUUGCAUCAAACUAUGAUGCCUUGGUAGCAAGAAGAAAUGCACUCUUGACACAAGCAAGAAGAAAUUAUAGAGCAGAUGGAAGCUUAAACUUGCCUCAAGAAUGGACUUACUGAAAAUUUAGUCCAAGUUUUCUCACAAAAUAGUGUUUGUUUUAAUGGAAAAAGAUAGUAGGGUUAGUAGCUUUUAUGAUAGGGUAUAUGGUAUUUUGGUUUAUAUAUAUAUAAAGAAGAAUUCAAGAAUGCGAGUGUAGUUUAGAAAUAAAUAAAAUAAAGUAGUAUUUUUAAGUUAACAAAUUAUGGGUUUUUUUUUCUCUAUCAUUCAAGGAGAUUUGAAGAUUUGCAGCUUUUGGGGGGUGAUUAACUCUAUAGGAACAAGAAUUAGGGGAAGGAAUGGUUUUUUUUGGUUGUAAUAAAUGGGUUUUUUUUUAAAUAUUUUGUAUAAUUUUAUGAGGGUAAUUUGGAUUUCUUGCCUUUGAAAUUUGGGAGAAAAUUGUAGAAGGAAGAAAAAAUCCAGACCCUUCUUUGUAAUAUCCCCUUUGGAAGUUAAUAUAUUUUUACUAAUAAUAAGAAAUUCUUAUUAUUAUUUAUUA